AUGAACCGCCUCAUAAGGCAGACAUUUGCAGCAUCCAGCAGAUCUCGAGUUGCACGGGCGAGCACAGCAGCAUCCUCGAAAAGGGAACCUGCUCUUCGAUCCACGCCGUGGAGCCAAUGUCCACCGCAUCAGCAUCAUCUUGGGUCCUUGGCAGCCGGGACUGCAAUCGCCGUCGCGACUGUAUCAUGGUGGUUCUACUAUGGGAUCAGCCCCGCCUGGGCUGAAGCUCCGACGGAGGACAAACCGCGACAAAUCCGCCUAUCCGAAGUUCGCAAACACGGCCGCCGGUCAGAGAAGCGCUGGGUCGUGCGCGGCAACAAGGUGUACGACAUUACCGAAUGGAUCCCCAACCACCCUGGCGGCGAGGUCAUUCUGCGCGCGGUCGGCGGCGUCAUCGACACGUACUGGGAGAUCUUCAGCAUUCACAAAAAGCAAGAAGUCUACGACAUACUGGAGCAGUACUAUAUUGGGGACGUCGACCCACGGGAUCUGGUGGACGGACGCGUCCCGCAGGACGACAUCGAGGAUCCCUUUGAGGAUGACCCCCAGCGGCACAGCACCUUGAAAGUCCACACCGAGCGGCCCUGCAAUGCCGAGUCGCCUGUUGAGGUUCUCGACAAGUUCAUCACACCAUCGGAGCAGUUCUACGUGCGAAACCACCUCUGGGCUCCAAAGCUCGAUCCGAAAUCGUAUCGCUUGACCAUCGAGCUGCCGGACGGGGAAGAGGUCGCCUAUAGCCUCGAGGACCUCAAGAAAUUCACUCAAGUCGACGUCACGGCCACCUUGCAAUGCUCCGGCAACAGAAGAAAGCACAUGACCCAAGGCUCCCGCUACGCCAACGGCCUGCAGUGGGGCAUCGGCGCGAUGAGCAACGCCAACUUCCGCGGCGUGCGGCUCGGGGACAUUCUCGCGCACGCGGGCUUCAACGGCAUGGCGGAGGACAACGCCGAGGUCAAGCACGUCCAGUUCCAAGGCGCGGAGGCGUACGGGGCGUCGAUCCCGCUGGAGAAGGCGCUGAGCCAUGACGGCGACGUCCUGCUGGUGCACGAGAUGAAUGGGCAGCCGCUCCCGCAGGACCAUGGCUUUCCGGUGAGGGUCCUCGUGCCCGGCCACGUCGCGGCCCGCAGCGUCAAGUGGCUGAAGCGCAUCUCGCUGGCUGAGGAAGAGAGCCAGUCGCAGUGGCAGCAGCGCGACUACAAGUGCUUUGGACCCAACCAGAGCGGGUCGGAUGUGGAUUGGGCGGCCGCGCCUGCUAUUCAGGAGACGCCCGUGCAGAGCGCCAUCACGUCCGUCAAGGACUUGCCUAAGGGCGAGCGCCUGCUACAGGUCUACGGCCUCGAGGAGGACUCGAUUGAGGUGAAAGGGUAUGCGUUCGCUGGGGGCGGAAGGCGGAUUGUGCGCGUCGACGUCAGUCCGGAUAACGGGCGGUCGUGGACGCAGGCGGAGCUGCUGGAGGACGAGGCGGUGGGCCGCAAGCGGUGGGCUUGGACGCAGUGGAAGCUCGUGGUGCCCCGGCGGCUGGCGGGUGCGAAUUUUGUCGUCAAGGCUGUGGAUGAGGGCUACAAUACGCAGCCGGAGGGUCACGAGGCGUACUACAAUUUCAGGGGGAAUCUGAGUAGUGCCUGGCAUCGUGUUCCUUAUAUGAACAGGGAUCCUUAUUGA